AUGCUCAGCAACACAGAGCUCGAAGCACUAGCAGAAGCAGUUGCUGAGGGGGUAGCCAACAGCACCACAUACGGGCUGCGCAGCAGCCUGAAUCCUCUUGCUGCUGCUGCUGCUGCUGCUAGGGCCUUCUUUCUGUCUCCUUUUUCUGUCUCCUUGCAGGAGAUAAAGUCUCUGCCUGCUGUUGCACAGCUCGUUGACCCCCUCAACCUGCUGCAGCUCAAGCAGCAGCUAGCAGCACUGCAGCAGCAAAAAGGCCGCAGCAACAAACCCAGAGAAGAAGACGAACUACAGCAGCAGCAGCAGCAGCAGCAGCAGUUACGUGAAGAAGAGAACACCUCUCCCGCUGCAGCAGAUGUCUCCGAAUCCGCAGCAGCCAACCGCAGCUCCUCCUCCCCAUCAGCAGCAGCAACAGCAGCAGCAGCAGCAGCAGCAGCAGCAGCAGAUGACGAAGAAGACAGCUCCCCCUUCUCUCCCCCACCGCAGCGUUUCAAUAGGACAACACCACUAGGUUUGUUUCAGGGUGCAGCAGAGCAGCUGUAUUUUUUGCAGUGGGCGCUAACAAACCCUCUAUCUAUGUUUGAGUGGAAGGCUGAGGUGUAUAGGCAGUGUUUGUUGCAGACAAAAGGAGAUACAAACGCAUGCAGCAGCAGACUCGCUGUUGAUCCUGCUGCUGUCUCUUUAGGAGGAGUUAAUAGCCCGUGGAUGCCCAGUAGCACCCUAUAA